AAAGUGAAAACCAAACUCAAAUCUCAGCUGACAUCUCUCUCUCACACAGCCAUGGUUUCUACAACACGUGCUCGUGAAGCAGCUUGUGCUGCGACGGCUCUCGUCUCAGCGAAUUCUCAAAAGGCUAAGCUUUCAACGAUAAUGGCGUCGCCCCCUCCCAAUUCCACCCCUUUCACAAAACCCCCAAAAAUCGACCUAACUCAAGCGCUCAAAGAGUUCAACAAGAUGCUCCAAACGCAGCCGCCGCCGCCCAUUUCAUCAUUCAAUGCGCCGCUAGCUGCGGUUGCCAGAGCCAAGAAACAUCAAGAUGUGAUUUUUAUGUUCAAUCAGAUGGCGGGAGCCGAUUUGUUCCCUGAUUAUAUCGGUAUGCAUAUUUUGCUCAAUUGCUAUUGUGAUUCGAGAAGAGUUGGUCUAGGUUUUGCUGUUAUGGGCGUGAUUUUGAAGAAAGGUUAUAAUCCAAAUAUUGUUACCUUCACUUCCUUGAUUAAGGGUUUGUGCAUUGAAGAUAGAGUAGGUGAUGCCUUAUCUCUCUUCAGGAAGAUAAUUGCAAUGGGUUUUUACCCUAAUGUGAAAACUUGGGGCACUUUGGUUAAUGGGCUGUGUAGGAGUGGGAAUGUGGGGAUUGCUCUUCGGGUACAUCGAGAGAUUAGGGAUGGAGAUGUUGGGUGUGGUUUGAGGUUUAAUCCCAAUUUGAUCUACUAUUGUUGUCUUCUUGAUGGCCUUGCGAAAGAAGGGCUUCUGGAGGAGGCGAAAGAAUUGUUUGCUGAGAUGGAGGGGAGGGGGAUUUCGGCGGAUGUGGUAGCGUUUGGCACGCUGAUUGACGGUUUAUGUAAGAAUGGAGAUUGGGAGGGGGCGAAGGGGUUGUUCUUCCAGAUGAUGGAUAGAGGGAUCCGUCCGAAUGUUGUGACGUUUAAUAUGCUGAUUUAUGCGCUUUGCAGGGAGGGUAAAACUGAUGAGGCGAGGGGGAUGUUGGAUUUCAUGGUAGAGCGGGGCGAGGAGCCGGAUUUUAUAACGUAUAACACUUUGUUGGAUGGGUACUGUCACGAGGGUAGGCUUGAUGAUGCGAGAGGCUUGUUUGUUAUGAUUAGAAAUAAGGGAAAACGAAUGGAGGUUACCACUUACAAUGUGUUGAUUAAUGGUUAUCGGAAGCAUCACAAUUUGGAAGAGGCAAUGGCCCUUUUCAGAGAUAUACUUAGUGAAGAUCAUAAACCGACAGUUGUUACUUUUAACAUUUUGUUAAUUGGUCUAUUUCAAGCUGGGAACAUUGUGGCUGCACGAGAUCUUUAUUCGAAGAUGGAAGGUCAUGGCGUGGCACCAGUUUCUGCAACCUAUAAUAUAUUACUGGAUGGUUUCUGCAAAAAUGAUUCACUUGGGGAGGCAAUUGAGCUGUUCCAAUCUCUCGAAAAGUCUGGCUAUAAGCUAAAUAGUCAUGCUUGUAACUGCCUACUUGACGGGCUCUGCAAGGCAGGAAAGCUCGAUGAGGCUUGUGAGCUAUUUGAGAGACUCCCGAAUAUGAGAUUAGCACCAACACCUUAUACUUACUCGAUCAUGAUAAAUGGGUUUUGCAAGAAUGGUCAGUUAGAGAAGGCAAAAAAUCUAUUUCUUGUCAUCGAAAACAGUGGUUAUGCUUCCGAUGUAGCCAUCUUUAAUACACUUAUGCGAGGAUACUGCAAUAACAAUGACCCAGCCAACGUGGUCGAUCUUCUUCAGAAAAUGGCCAAUAGAACCCUCUUGCCAGAUUCAUAUACAGCAACUAUAGUUGUGGACUUACUGUCGAAAACUGAAGGUUACUCGGAAUUUCUGAAACUAAUUCCCAACUUUAGUGACAAGGACCGGGUUAAGAUGACAUGUUGAAAAAUAAGUUCCAGCAGUUCAUCCCAUUUCACACAAUGCCAACGUUGAAGAUACAGGAUGAAGUACAUUACAAACGAACCAUACCUAUGAAUAUUAUGGAAAUAUAUUGCUUGUGGUCCGUUCCAAAUUGGAAUGGGGAAUGCUCAUCAGCUCAUGUAUGGUUAUUACUGGUGGGAUGGUGAGAUAACAAAGUCCGUUUGCUCAAAAUUUAUAUUGAUCAACUAUUUGGAGUCACGGUUGAUAGGACUCGCGGGCAUGGAAUGACGUCAUUUUUGGUUUCAAGAGUUGAAACAUGUCCUUGAUUGGGAGCAUCAUAUUGUUACUACAGAGUCGAUGAGGUUUCUUGUGGCUAUCAAGUCUCAACCUUGCAUGCUUUCAGUUUUACCAGAAUAGACUGCUCAAAAUGUAAAGCGGAGAGCCCGUGAUUAAAAUAGUCCAACUAAAGACGAUGUGUCACUUGAAUGAACACACCAAUAUGGUGGACUGUUCCAUUUGUAGACUAUUAGCUCUAAUUAAAGACCACACACUUCUUUUCUACAAGCAGAGGUGGCUCGAGACUCAUCUCAUCCUUGCUCCGGGGUUGAGACGUCACAAGCUAGGUAGGUCGACAUGGCCUCGUAUCGUAUUAGCACUGCGAGCCUGGAUUCUGAAACAUAAGGAAACAUCAAUGGAUUAGGAUUAGGAUUUGGAUUAGGAUGUUGUGUAUCAUUGGUGGAGUAUGGCAAGUGUGUUUAUGAUGAUGAUGACAGUAUGGAGAAUGUUGGGAGACAUGAUUUGUGGAAGUUGGGAAGAUCCAAACAGAUGAAAACGAGAAGCAUAAUAAUGUCUUUUGCAAUCAUUCUUGAUUUCCCAGUUUAUGCUGAAAUGUUUGUCCCAAGAAGUUUGCAGGGCUUUGUCCUAGAAUGUGUGUGUGUAAGUGUGUGUGUGUGAGAGAAAGAGAGAUAGAUUAUCUAAGAUUCUAAAUAGGGGUGGAUUUGGCUAUGAAUUUUUGUUUAUUUCAGACCAAUUCUUGUAAAGAAUGAUUCAUUUUUCAUAACUAAUUAUUUCAAUUCUUUUCAA